ACCAGUCGUCAGUAUCGCUCUGUCUGUCGUUUAGCUCGGAUCUGAGCGCCCGCACCAGUCGCCGAGCAGCUACGUAGGAGCGCACGUCACAUUCGUGGUCGAGGGUUUUACGAUUUUUCAGGACUUCCGGCUGAAAUCUUUCGCGCCAGGUGCCCCUGUUUGUUUUACGUAAUCGUUUCCGCACGGGUAUUGUCUUGGUUCCACGCACAUUCCGAUUGGAGAACAGUGUCAAAUCCGAAAAGGUUUGAAACAUUCUUCCUUCUUCAGGCCUUUUCAGUGUGUUCAUGUGAGAAGAGCGAUGAAAUUCUUGUGAUUCCUAAGGAUAUAUGUGCUUGAUAUCAGUGACGAAUUCGUGAAAGUGUUUGUUCUUCAUCACUUACACGUUUGUGACAAUACACACAGAAAGGAUUGGGUGGAAUAAAUGUUAUAACGAUCUCCGGAAUUUUUGGAUUAUUGUGCUUAUCUUUGAAAGAACUAUACAUCUUCAUGAAAGAUAAUUGGAUCUUCCUAAGAACUGUUUGCUGAAAUGUUUUGAAACCUCUCAAUCAGCAUCCCCAAGACAAUCACAAUGACAUCUAACUACAAAUUCCUCCUACUACUCCUGCGGAUAGCAAUCAUGGCCUUUUCAACAACUGCAUCACCUGCGCUGAAGGAACAAAGGUUUGCAAUGGAACCUCAAGAUCAGACGGCGGUGGUGGGAUCCAGGGUGACAUUACCUUGUAGAGUGAUAGACAAAUCGGGAAUUCUGCAGUGGACUAAAGACGACUUCGGGCUUGGUACUCACAGAAACCUGACGGGUUUCGAAAGAUAUUCUAUGAUUGGCAGUGACGAGGAAGGUGAUUUCUCUUUGGAAAUAUACCCUGUCAUGCUCGAAGAUGAUGCCAAGUACCAGUGCCAGGUAUUGCCAGGUCCUCUGGGUCAACCAGGCAUCCGAAGUCAUUUUGCCACCAUCACAGUACUGGUUCCACCAGAGCCUCCGAAGAUUGUACAGGGCGAUUAUCUAGUAACAACCGAAGACCGUGAGAUCGAGCUGGAAUGCAUAAGCCACGGUGGUAAACCUGCUGCGGAAAUCACAUGGAUCGAUGGGAUGGGAAAUGUCCUAACUGAAGGAAUUGAGUACAUAGUAGAGGAACUGUCGGAUGGACGAAGGUACACUGCCAAGUCUAUUCUGAAGUUGACACCGCGAAAAGAUCACCAUAACACAAGUUUCACGUGUCAGGCUCAGAACACUGCGGAAAGGACCCACAGAUCAGCGAAGUUGAAAUUAGAGGUGAAAUACGCGCCAAAGGUGACUGUCUCCAUCAUUUCUGGAGCUUCGCCAAACGGCAGGAUCCCAGAGGGCGCUGACGUUCGGCUGGGCUGCAAGGCGGAUGCCAACCCUCCCGAUGUAACAUACAGGUGGUUCAUAAACGACGAGCAGGUUAUUGGUGACUACACAACGGAGAUGAUAAUGCACAAUAUCACGAGAAAAUAUCACGAUUCUAUUGUCAAAUGCGAGGUUCACAACGCUGUUGGAAAAAGCGAAGAGAGCGAGACUCUAGAUGUGAGCUAUGGACCACAAUUCAGAUCAAGGCCUAAAACAACCCAAGCAGAUACUGGCUCCAGUGUAACAUUAUCAUGUGACGUCGAUGGGAACCCACAACCAGACAUAGCUUGGUUCCAUAAAGAUCACAGGAAAAAAAUUAGCACUAGUCCUAAUUUGACACUGGUGGUCGACGAUAGUACUGCAGGAAAAUAUUUCUGUACGGCACAUGUCCCUGGUUUUCCAGAAAUAGGUGCUGAGGCUUCGAUAUAUCUGAAAGGUCCUCCAGCAAUAAUAAGCCACAAAACGCAGUUUGGAAUAGAAGGUGAUAACGUCCGAGUCGAAUGCACAGCUUUCUCGAUUCCCGCACCUGAAAGAGUAAUUUGGACAUUCAAUGGUAACGAGGUGGACCUCCACGACCAGGAUUACUCGAUCCUGGAAGAUCCUCUUCCUGAAGGUAUCAAGUCCACAUUGAUAAUACGGGAGUCCCAAGAACGUCACUUCGGGAUGUACAAUUGCAGCGUAUCGAAUCCCUACGGUAGUGAUAUGGUUGAAAUUAACCUCAUGCCACAAAAUCGCACAAUCUUUGAGUUUCUGAAAAAUACGUACCGGAGUGUUUGGGUCUGGAAAUGCUUGGUUGACAACAUUUGGGAACUUGAAAAAAGUUUUCCAUUACUCAUCAUCAUAAUUGGCGGGGUGUUAUUAGUAGUCAUCGUUAUUGUCAUAAUCAUGAUAGUAUUUCUCUGCCAACGACAGAGUGCCAAGAAACCACCACGAGAAGGCGACACGAACACGAUGGAAAAACAAUGUAAAGAAUCCGACCGAUCUUCGAAUAUUUCCGACUUGAAACUCGACCUACGAACUGGAUCUUCGAACAGCAACGUCCACUGCGAUCUGGAUUAUAUUCCGGGGGCAGAAUCGGAAACCGGAAGUGAGUCUGUGAUCACAAGAAUUGGGGUGCCACUUGCAGGCCCUGUCAACUUGUCUGGACAGGAUGUCUAUAGGUAUUCAGCCGAUUAUACGGAACCCAGCUUUCCCAAAGAUGGCCAUAAUAACAACGGAUAUGUACCUUACGUAGACUACUCCAGAGAUUACAACCCUCCAAUGAUGCAACCUCCAAUAACCUCGAUGGACCCAACCAUAAAUCAGUCUACCAGGUUACAACUCAACUCAUUGCAAUCGCAUCAACUGUCCUCGGGUGCCAAUAGUCUUCAAUUGAAUGACAUACCCAUGAGUAUGCCCAAUGGGGGUCUACCUUCUUUGGGGAUAGAUCCCCGUUUCAGUGCCACAUACGGUAACCCUUACCUCAGGAGCUCCUCGGUAGGGCUUCCCACCCCAAACACUGCUAAUCCAGUGGCCACACCAGCUCCUCCUCCGUAUUCUAGAGAUAAUUCGCGAAUUGUAGGCUCUACUGCCAUGAUGACUGCAAGUGCUAAUGUGGUGAACAGUGUUAUGGCUACAGGUGCGAACGGUUCCAUACCACAGAUGACAAGACUUCCGAACUCUCCUACAAGUCAGUAUAUCAUACCCACAUCGAAUGCCACAACCAUCAAACGCGGUACGAUGGCCACGCAUGUAUAAUGAAACGUUAAAAACGUAGUGACUUAAAGUGAUUUUCAAUUACGAAAAGACUGAGAAUCUAUCAAUCGAAAAUGAUAUCAAUUUUACCACUAUUUUUCUGUAGUUUUUUAUGCGAAAAUAUUCUAUGUAAAUAAAAUCAGUAUUGGUCAAUUCCUUUUCUGUUCUGUGGAAAAGUCAUGCGGAAAAUAACACUUUUUCAAAUAUUGUUUAGACAUCCGCAUCAGUAUUAUUACGUACAACGAGUAAAUGUGCAGUUCUUCAAGAUUUAAUUUUUAACAUUAAUUACUUUUGCAAAAUAUAAAAGAAUAGUGAACUAGCAAAAUUCAAAGAAGCUCGCCUUCUCCAACAAGUUGAAUUACUAAUUUUACUAUCGGCAAUAACAAUGCUUGUGUAUUUCACACUCAGAGUUAUAAAAUACUGAAUUCUCUAAUUUAUUGUAGAGCCAACUAUUGUCUAUCUUUGUUUUUUUGAUUUGUGAACAAGGUGGCGAAAAAAGGUGGGGGUUUGUUGUUAUACCUGUUCUUCUGAAGACAAUAGUUCACUUUUAAAACAUCAAAGGAAGAAGAAAUGAAAAUUAUACUUUUGCUAAAGUGAUAUUUCAAAGUAUAUAAAAACACGCUGAUCAAAAUGGAAAUGACAUAUCUAUGUAUUUUAUUACUCUGAGAUUUUACAGCCAAAAACUGCCGCUUCCGUCCACAGCUUGAAUAAUUAAUAAUAACAUCAAUUUAAUUUCAAAAUCAAAAGAAACAAUGAAAGGAAAUGAGAUAAUAAGUAUCUUCCAAUAAAUUUCAUAAGACAGUACAAAAUACCAGUAGAUACAUGAAAAUGCAUAGUACUGAUUUUUUCCUUCAGUUUUGUACAUUUUUUAUAGCUAAUCCUCUUCAUCAUUCCGAUAGUAUAUACAAUCUUGAAGAUUAUUUUAUACAUAUUUUCAUAAGAAUUAAUGACUUUUCCACAGAAACUUGUUUCACUUUGUCACAAGGCUAUGCAAUAAUUAAUUUAUAUAUUCGAAUGAUUUUUAUAUCUUAACAUCGAAUUGAAUUGUUGGACAAAAUUAAUUAAUACAUUGUGAUGAGAUUUUCAAUAAUCCCAUCGAAUACUUAUUAUUGUCCAGCAAUGGACUAGCCUAACAUAUCUGUCAUUUUUCACUUUGUACAUAUCAAAAAUCGAUUAUAUUGGUCAAUUUCUAAAGAACCCUUCAAUUAAUGUCGUGAUUUAAAGAGCUUUCUGAAUUCUUUUUAGAGAAAUGAGCAGAAAGUAUUUGUGAGCUUCCACACUUAUCAUUUCACAGUUUAAUUAUGUUCAAUAAAUUGAUGUAAUAAAAAUCACAAUAUUAGAGAAAUUAAUUCAUGGUAAUUAUUGAUUGAUAUAUUUGGAAACUAAGCUUUUUAUUGAAUAUUUUGAAUUGUUAUUAACAUGUUCUUGUUAUAAAUGAGAAAAAUAUAUACCAAAGAUAUUUUUUGUAUAGAAAAAGUUUUAAUAAUGUAUAUUUUUUUUAAGAAAAUAGCUUCAAUGAAACCCUGAUGAUUUGCGUGGUUUCCAGUCGAAAUCUUCAUAAUUAAAUUCAGAUCCGUUAUUCCAUUCUACCAUUUUCAUGUUUGACUAUUCUUCUAAUGUUGUUCAAUAUGUUCUAUUGAACUGAUAAAUAAUUCGCCGAUACUUGAAAACUUUUUACCUUGUCAUAUUAAUGAUUUCAAUAUGUGCCACAACAAAUUAAGUUAUGAAACUGAUACAACAUAGUUAUGUAAAUUAUCUUAUUGUUUUACAUUGUAAAUAAUUCAUUUUUUUAUCAUUUUAAACUAUCAUUUGUAUUUCAAUGUAAAAAUUCCCUUGAUGCUUGUUUUAUGUAUAGUAUGAGAGUGUUAUGGGUGAUUACAAAUGAUGAAAUUAUAGCUCAAAUUGUAAAUACUGAAAUAUUCUUGCGAAUUUUCUAUCCUACUAGGAAAUGUUAUCAUUAUGUAUAAUUUUUUUAAGUCUUUAUGAUAGCAAUAUUUAUAAAACAUUGUGAUUGUAAAAUAAAGAGCCUAAAUAUUUGAA